AUGUCUGAUCAGAGAGAAGCACUUGCUGGCCCAAUAACUAUGGAUGAAAUCAAUAAAACCAUAUCUAACCUUCCUCAUGGAAAGUCUCCGGGACAUGAUGCAGGUGAGAAGCCAUAUUCCUGUUCUCAGUGUGGGAAAUGUUGUGCAUAUAAAUCAAAUCUUGUUAUACAUCAGAGAAGUCACACAGGUGAGAAGCCAUAUUCCUGUUCUGAGUGUGGGAAAUGUUUUACACAGAAAUCAGAUCUUGUUACACAUCAGAGAAGUCACACAGGUGAGAAGCCAUAUUCCUGUUCUGAGUGUAGGAAAUGUUUUCCACGGAAAUCAGAACUUGUUACACAUCAGAGAAGUCACACAGGUGAGAAGCCAUAUUCCUGUUCUGAGUGUAGGAAAUGUUUUCCACGGAAAUCAGAACUUGUUACACAUCAGAGAAGUCACACAGGUGAGAAGCCAUAUUCCUGUUCUGAGUGUGGGAAAUGUUUUGCACAGACAUCAGCUUUUGUUACACAUCAGAGAAGUCACACAGGUGAGAAGCCAUAUACCUGUGCUGAGUGUAGGAAAUGUUUUUCACGGAAAUCAGAUCUUGUUAUACAUCAGAGAAGUCACACAGGUGAGAAGCCGUACGUCUGUUCUGAGUGUGGGAAAUGUUUUGCAUGGAAAUCAAAUCUUGAUACACAUAAGAGGAGUCACACAGGUGAGAAGCCAUAUUCCUGUUCUCAGUGUGGGAAAUGUUUUGCAUCAAAAUCAUAUCUUGUUACACAUCAGAAAAGUCACACAGGCGAGAAGCCAUAUUCCUGUUUUGAGUGUGGGAAAUGUUUUGCAUAUAAAUCAAAUCUUGUUACACAUCAGAGGAGUCACACAGGUGAGAAGACAUUUUCCUGUUCUGAGUGUGGGAAAUGUUUUGCAUAUAAAUCAAAUCUUGUUACACAUCAGAGAAGUCACACAGGUGAGAAGCCAUAUUCCUGUUCUGAGUGUAGGAAAUGUUUUACACAGAAAUCAGAUCUUGUUACACAUCAGAGAAGUCACACAGGUGAGAGGCCACUGAUAUGUUCAGAGUGUGAAAAAUAUUUUACACAGAAAUCAGACCUUAUCACACAUCAGCGAACUCACAUAGGUGAGAAGCCAUUUCCAUGUUCUGAGUGUGGGAAAUGUUUUGCACACAAAUCACAUCUUGUUAUACACCACAGAUGUCACACAGGUGAGAAGCCAUUUCCAUGUUCUGAGUGUGGGAAAUGUUUUACACAAAAAUCACAUCUUGUUAUACAUCAGAGAAGUCACACAUCUGAGAAGCCAUUUCCAUGUUCUGAGUGUGGGAAAUGUUUUGCACACAAAUCAGCUCUUGUUAGACAUAACAUAAGUCACACAGGUGAGAAGCAAUUUCCAUGUUCUGAGUGUGGGAAAUGUUUUGCACACAAAUCACAUCUUGUUAUACAUUACAGAAGUCACACAGGUGAGAAGCCAUUUUCUUGCUCUGAGUGUGGGAAAUGUUUUGCACACAAAUCAGUUCUUGUUAGACAUCACAGAAGUCACACAGGUGAGAAGCCAUUUCUAUAA